AAAAUAUUCAUAUUUAUUAUUGAAUUUUUUUAUGUAGUCUAUUUAUAGUCUAUUGCAUUCUAAUUUUAAAUAUGAUAUAUUCCACUAUUUAUUGUUUUAUAUUUCCAAUGCAUUGAAAUUUACAUUCAUCUGCUGAUUUUAAUUUUUAUUUCUAAUUUCAUGGACUUUAUUUUUUCAAUUUUUUUUAAUAAUCUGUCUAAUAAAUAUUAGUCAUUUCAAUGAUCUAUUGACCAUUAGGUGAUGAGUUUUUUUGUUAUUUAUUUAUUAAAUUCGAAAUUCAAAAUAUUCAUAUUUAUUAUUGAAUUUUUUUAUGUAGUCUAUUUAUAGUCCAUUGCAUUUCAAUCUUUAAUAUGAUAUAUUCCACUAUUUAUUGUUUUAUAUUUCCAAUGCAUUGAAAGUUUACCUUCAUCUGCUGAUUUUAAUUUCUAUUUUUAAUUCUGUGGACUUUAUUUUUUUAAUUUUUUUUAUAAUAUGUUCAAUAAAUAUUAGUCAUUUGAAGGGUCUAUUCUCCAUGCAUAUAUAAUGUUAUACUAGUCCUUUUUUUUUUUUCAAGUAUCAGAGAGAGAACAUAUAGAUGGCUAAUAUGUUUGAUUUUAUUAAGGAUCUUAAUCCUUCUAAAGAGCAAUGGAGGAUAAAGGUUAGAGUAAUUCAACUUUGGAAGCAAAAAAAUUUUCGAUAGUCAAAACUGGGUGAUAAUAUUGAAAUGCUCCUUUUGGAUGAACAGGGGGGGAGGAUUCAAGCAACUCUUAGGGCUUCUUUGCGUUUUAAGGAUGCUUUUACUGAAGGAGGAGUUUAUACAAUUUCGAAUUUUUGUGUUUCUUUGAAUAAAGAUCCUUAUAAGCCAACCACACAUAAAUACAAGAUUGUUUUUAAUCCUAGAACUGCUCACAGUUUGCUUAAUGAUUCCAGCAUCCCUAAUUAUGCAUUUUCUU